GUUGGAGCGGCCCGGCCCGGUGGCGGAGAUGAGGGGCAUCCCGGGCUGGAGGAGGCUGCGGCUCGCGGGCUGGCGCCGGUGCACCCUCGCGUUCCUCCUCGCCUGGGCCGCCGGCUGGGUGGUGCUGACCGCCCUGCUCUUUCUCCUCCACGGGAGCGUCUUCUCCGAGCGCUGCACGGAUGAGGACGGCCACCGCAUCCUGGCCAGGCUGUGCCUUGACUACAGCAGUGGAGCCCUGACUGGCGACCUCUGCGAAGACCUGUGUGUGGCGCAGAAGCUGGUGUACAAACACUGCCUUUACUAUGACAGAGGUAAGAAGGUCAUCCAGGCUGAUUGGAGAGGCCAGCCCAUCAUCCUGAAAUCCAAAAAGGAAAUCUUCUCCAGCUACCAGCAUCUCAGCAUGCUGGACGAGGUGGAAACACAGGAUAUUCCUGAAACAGAGAUUCUGCUGAUGGUAGCCUUGGAGGUAAAAAAUGUUCUGGGGCUAGAACUGUCUAACAAUAGCACAGGGCCCCUGUGGACAAGGAGGAAGGGACCACAUUGGAAAGCGCAGGUGGCCAGCAUGUGGUCCUUGAUCCAGCAGGAAGAAUAUAUUUUCUUCAGUUUGCUGCAGGACUUCAGCAAACAUGUGCUACGAAUUAUUGGCUCUUGUGGACAUUUCUAUGCCGUGGAGUAUCUUACAGCUGGACAUGCCUGGCACAAAACUCUUUUUCCCUUGGAAAACAUAGUAGGUCCCUCCCUUGCUGGCCGCAAAAGCAGAGUGAGAGCCAUCAUUGACAUUGCACUCAGCUUUCUGGAUAUGGUGCAACAUUUUGAUAAUGAUUUCUCUCAUCGCCUACACCUGUGUGACAUCAAGCCAGAAAACUUUGCUAUCAGGCAUGAUCUUACGGUGGUGGCCAUCGAUGUGGAUAUGGCUUUUUUUGAACCCAAAAUGAGGGACAUCCUUGAGCAGAACUGCACAGGAGAUGAAGAUUGUAAUUUUUUUGAUUGCUUUUCAAAAUGCAAUCUGAAAAUCAGAAGAUGUGGAGCACAGAGAGCCAAUAACAACUUGCAAGUCAUUUGUGACAAAAUAUUCCGCCGCUGGUUUUCUCCAACUCUCAGAGGACCAUUGGUUUCCUUCCCACUGCAGCCACAGUUGCAGAAGGCUGUGCAGGAGUGUGCAGAGCUGGGACAUGUGGAUGCUACCGUGCACCACAGAACUCCGAAAUCUCUCACUGAAUUAUACCAUCUGCUUCGGGUCAGCCAACAAGAACUGCAAAGGGUGGAGUAGAUACAGAAGGCAGAACUGCAAAGGCCACAUCACAACCACUGCUAACAGAUAUUGUAUGUGAGGCAGCCUGUGUUUUCUGUCGCUCCUCCAUCCCUCCUACCCACUGUAUUACAUUCAUAGCACAUAGUUUUCCAGCUAUGCAAAUGAAAUUCAUGACUGCAGGUGCGGCAUGUCCUGUUAAUAUCUCUUGAAAUAUGAAAUUGUUUUACAUUACCUGAUUU